GGAGGAAGAACCAAGAAAAAUAAGAAAACUAGAGGACAAGAUCCGGGAAUUGAACCAGCAACUCCGGGAACUGAGGAUGAGUUACGGCAAGCCUAAUGUCACUGGAGAGUACAAUACGAGAAGACCUAAGACACCAACAGAAGGGAAUAACCGAGGGGCUUCGAAUUGCAAUAUUUCGAAAUUGUGUAGGAGAGUAAUGAUGAUGAACAAGAGGGAGGCGGCAGGAGCCGGAUCUACAGAGGACAAGACAGAGAAGCGGGCAAAUGAGCUGACAGUGAUAUCAAUGGAGAAACAGAAGACGACGAAUGAGGGAGAAUCACAACUAGCCAAUGAGAAUGUCAUCGCGUACCCACCACCAGAACCACUCGUCGGAAAUCUAUGCUAA